GGCAAGGCUCGUGCAGCCUGUCCAGGCCCGGACGGGCUGAUCCCGCGCACCGUGCCGGCCUGCCUGGUCCUUCACCGGAGCGCAGACCUCCCGGCUGGACAACGGCGGCCCAGCACGUCCCGCGGGGGCGCUCGGGGGGGCAGGCGGCUGGGGCGGAGGCUGAUACUGGGUACAGCCCCGUCCCCACCACCAUUCUCGGCCGGGGUGCCUUCGGCUGCAUCAAGGAUUCAGUGGGUGCCCUCCGCCCGCCCCGCUCCCGCGCGCUGGCCUGCUUCGCUACGAAGAGCCUCCGUCACAGCCGGGGAAAAAGAGCGGCUCACGGACGACGGAUACGCGCUCAGCGACCGCACCUUAAUGACAGCGCCGGGGCGCACGUCCACCUGAUUCACCUUCCCGACCCGGCCACUGCGCGGCGCUGGUUUGCGUCUCGGGCGCCUUUGCGUGACGUCAGGCCGCGCGCCUCGGCGACGCCCGGCGGGCGCGGCCAAGUGUCGUCACGCCGCGCGCGCCGAGGCAAAGCGGCGUGGUCGUCGCUGCGAGGGUCUCGGCGGCCGGCGUCAUGGCUCCGCGCGUGCAACUCUCACUGGAGAUCCAGCUGGCUCAGCGGCUGGCGGGGAACGAGCAGGUGACCCGGGACCGGGCGGUGCGGAGGCUCCGGAAAUACAUUGUCGCCAGGACUCAGCAGGCCGCAGGUGGUUUCACCCAUGACGAGCUGCUGAAGGUGUGGAAAGGACUGUUUUACUGCAUGUGGAUGCAGGACAAGCCACUCCUCCAGGAGGACCUAGGAAGGACCAUCUCCCAGCUCAUCCAUGCUUUUCAGACCACAGAGGCACAGCUCCUGUUCCUUCAAACAUUCUGGCAGACCAUGAAUCGCGAGUGGAUAGGCAUAGACAGGCUGCGCCUGGAUAAGUUCUACAUGCUCAUGCGCAUGGUCCUGAACGAGUCCUUGAGGGCCCUGAAGAUGCGGGGAUGGGAAGACAGACAGGUGGAGCAGCUGCUGGAGCUGCUGACCACGGAGAUCCUGCACCCUGACAGCCAGGCCCCCAAUGGGGUGAAGAGCCACUUCCUUGAGAUCUUCCUGGAGGAGCUGAGCAAAGUGGGCGCUGACGAGCUGACAGCCGACCAGAACCUGAGGUUCAUCGAUCCCUUCUGCAGGAUCGCUGCCCAGACUAAGGACCCCCUGGUUCUGCAUAACAUCACUCGAGGCGUCCUGGAGACGAUUGUGGAGCAGGCCCCGUUUGCCAUCGAGGACCUGAUGAAUGAAUUGGACACUCAGGAGGAGGACACGUUGGAGGGUGACGAGCAGGAACAGGGCUUCCCGUCCAGGAAGCCACCUGAAGGCUCCUCCCGUGGGCCUGACCCCGGUGAGGGUGAGGAACAGGCAGGAGACGGUGACGAUGAUGGCAGCAGUGGCCCUGUCCUCCAGUUCAACUAUGAGGCCGUUGCCAACAGACUGUUUGAGGUGGCCAGUCACCAGAACACCCCUUCUCAGAACAGGAAACGUCUCUACAAAGUGAUCCGAAAGCUGCAGGACCUUGCUGAAGGCCUCUUCCCUGAGGACGACAUCCUGGAGAAAGCCUACAGGAAACUGCAGGAAGGGAGGCGGGAGAGGAAAAGGAAGAAGUGUUUGCCCAAAUUCCAGCUGCAAAACAAGACAGGGAAAGGUGAAAGGGCGGGCCGUGGUCUAGACCUGAGCUCCGGAUCUGAGAGGAUGAAGACCAGGCGGCGGCGGCGGCGGGGGGCUGCAGCCGACCCCAUUGCACCCCAGGAGCAGCCGGGGGGCUGCGGCAGGAGAGGCACCUUCAAGCAGCGGCGGCGGCCUUGGGCAGGGCCCAAAGUGAAGGGGACCAAUUGCCAGAAGCCGGACAGGAAAAAGAAGCGGCAGCUGGAGGGCCGGGAGUGAGUGGCUGGCCCCACAGGUGGGGCUUUGGAGGGACUGCGUGGAGUGAGGGGACGGGACGGUGGUGCCGCCUUUCCAGAACCCAGGACACCGACUGUCCCCACUUGCUGGUCCCCACCACAUGGCAGGUGGCCAGGGCUAAAUGGCAGCUGGCUCUGGUCCCCUGCAUGGGGCGUAGGAAAUAAAAUGCCAGAGGUUCUUAUAAACGA